AAACUAGAUCCAGAACAUGCCAAGAAAAAAAUAAAAACAGGAUAAGAAGAAGAAAUCUGAAAACGGUACGAUCACUCCUUUCUGCGCAAUGGGCGCGUGCGCAUCUUCUCCCUCCGCGAAAACGACAGCAGCAAGUGUGAACAAGGGUGGUGGUGGCGGCGGUGCACCUGCGUCGGAAUCUUUCCGCCGACCGUCGUCGAUCAUGGUGAUGGACAUGCUCGGUCGAAUCAACGAGUACAAACAACCAAUCCCCGCGAGAAACGUGCUCUCCGAGAAUCCUCAUUUCUACCUCUGCAACUCGGAGACAGUGCACAUCGGCACGUGCAUGCCACGUGUCCCCGAUGAAGAAGAGCUUCUACCUGGUCGAAUCUACUUCCUCGUCCCUCUCUCGCAUUCCGAUUCCCCUCUGUCACUCCCUCUCCUCUGCGAUCUCGCCGUUAAAGCUGGUUCCGCUCUUCCCAACCCUAAUAAUAACAGUUACAAUGGUCACCGUAAAAAAGCCUCUGUUACGUGCCGUUAAAUUUGCGCCGUCAGCGUGUAAGUUAGUGUUCUUUUAACUUUGAUAAUUUUUGGUUCGGUUUCUUAUGUGGUUUAAUCGAUUUACUUGAGUGGGACCUUGGAAGAGAAUAUAUAAUAUACAUAGGCGAUUAAUUAAAUUUGUACGAGCAAGGGCCCAAAUGAGAGUAAUUGGCUGAAAAACAAGAACAGUCUGUGAAUUGGUGUGAUUGCCCCCACAGGAAUAAUGAAAUGCAGCAGCAUCCAAAGUGAUUUCUUCCGCUCAUUGUGUUUGUUUGUAAAAUUGUAAUUGUUUCGAUUUGGUUUGGUUGAAAACAUGUGCUGUCCAAUAUCCAAGAUGUGCCUGAAUCAGAGUUGGAACUUGCAAGUUUUGGAA